AUGGAGGGUUCGGAGCUAUUGAAGUAUUAAUUAAAUUUAAUGACAAAUGAUCAACCGUGUAUUGGAUUCAAUGUGUUUUUUCAUUAAUAGUUCUUUAAUUCUGGAACUCUUAAUUCAAAAAAGAAUUUAGAAUAAACAGAGAAAAUAAUUGAAUAAUGGAGAAAGUUAACAGAUGAAGAUAAAAUGUAAUGGUAAUAAAAAGAGGAAGAAUUAAAAUAGUAAGUAAAAAGUAAAAACAAUUAAAAAACAAAUUAAAGUUAAAAUCAUCUUGAUGAUCAAAACCGCCAAAAAUCAAAAGAAAAUAACAAAGAACAAAAUAAUGCUAUUGAAGAUAUUAAAAAUAGUAUUAAAUCAUUGAAAUUUGAUGAAGCCAAAUAAAACUAUAUUAAAAGAAUAUCUGAAAAAAAUGGCUAUAAAGAAGUUGUUGAUUUAAAUGAUGAUAAAAAUGUUGAACAGGAUUAAAAACCUUAAUAUUAAAAAAAUAGUAAAAAAAACACUUAAAGAAAUAAACAAGAAAAUUAAGAUGAUGAUGAUGAUGAUAAUAGUGAUUCUUUUAUAGAAAUUAAAAAAGGAAGAAAAUCAAAUGUUAGAUAAUCAAAACCAAAAUAAAGUAGAUCUAGAUGUAAAUCUGGUUAGAGAUCAGGAUGUGGAAAAAGAAGAAUGUGA